AUGGGGUUUGAGGAAUUGUUUGGUAAAAGCUCACCCGGCGUCCAAAAAGAUGAAAUUACUAAUGCAAAUAUACGACCUAAAGUAAAUAAUAGUUCAAUAUUGGGCGCAGUAGGCCAAGCUUUUAAUCAAGCAAAAAAUCACGAUAAUAACGUUUCUGGCGAAAAGCAAGCCGUCAUUAAUGCUCACACUUUUCAAGAAAAAUUAAAAGUUUAUUCUUCGGAAAUAACGGAAUCUCCAGACCCGAGUGAUACUUCUGAUAAUAUGAGUGAUUCUGACGAAACAGAAUCGUCAGAUUCUUCUAUUACUAGAGUAGAAAAGAGUAAAAAUAAAGUAAAAAAUGAUUUGAAUUUAGAAAAGUCUACUGAUGUUGAUAAAGGAGCUCGUGCCAAAGUAUCAGCCAAUAUGAUAAUUUCUGAUUUUAGUAAUUUGCAAUUGCAAUCUAAACAUCAUCAGGAACAAUACGAAAAUUCUUCAUUAACUAGUCCUACAGCAUGGAUAGAAACUAGUAAUGAAUCAGGUCGUAAUAACGCAGUACGACGGCCAAGGGUAAAAGCAUCUACAAUCUCUGAGGGGAAUUUUAGUUUCCAAUAUAAAAAAUCGAAUAUUGUUGACAAUCAACCUCGUAAAGUUUCGUUCGAUUCUAAUUCCGAUGCCACUCUUAGAUCAGAACAAACAUAUGCUCGUUCUGAUACUCGAUCAGAUGUCUCUUGGGGAAGUGACCCUGGAAAAACACUGUAUAAUAAUAGUAAUCAAAUCUCGCCUCGACAGCCAAAAGUACGAAAUACUAACUCCGAUUUCAGUUCUUAUUUAUCACAAUAUCAAAAUGAUAAUUACGUACAUAAUGUACAUAAUAAUAACCAAAAAAGUUGGUCUGAUGUCACAUAUGGUGGUCCAAUAGAAUCAUCUACUAUAGUAUCACAUUAUAGUGAUCCUGGACCUCGUAAGAAAAUAUCUGUUUCUGCACAAAUGAAUGUAAAUAAUGAAAUAGAAGAUUAUGAGGAAGAAAAUACAGUUGAAGACGAUCAAGAAGAAUUAGAGGAAUUGAUGAAUAUGUCCUCUAAUCCAAAAAUACAAAGAAAGUUCCUUGAUCUUAAAAUUGCCAAUAAGUCUCUACUCACCUUAAAUGGCACUUUAGAGGAGACUAUCAAAAAGCAAUCCUCUAAUUUGAAUACAUUUGAAUCGAUGACGGAUGUGCAACAACUUCAACUUGAUCAUAUAACUAAAGUUGAAGAAUUGAUGCGUGAAUUAUCUAUCAAAAUUUCAUCGCAAGAAUUAGAAAUAAGAAAUCUAAAAAAUAAAUUAGAAGAUAAUUCGGGAAAACAACAAAAGCCUACUAGAGUAUCUUUAUUCUAUGAUCCAAGAAACCUUCCAAUGAAUACACUUCCGAAUAUAAUUUUUGAUAGAGUUUACGAAGAUAUCGUAAUUUUAUUUUCGGUGGUAAUUUCCCUGAUUUACACCAUUUAUAUUUUACCCAUAAUAGUUACGGCUAAAACAGUCAAACUAUUGGCUGAUAAAUCUAGAACAAAAAUUUGGGAAAUAACUGGUUAA